CAAAUCCAAUUUCUUCUCUUUUCUUUUUCCCUGUGUUUGUGUGGGGUAGUGUUUAAAAUUCAGCUCCAUUUUACUUGGACACAAUAUAUAAUAGGAAGAAUAACAGCAUCACCGUUCCAUUAACGCCGGGAAAACUCCCCGGUAUUCCACUCCGGCGAGUUCUUCCUUCGCCGGUGUUAAAGUCAUUGCUGAAAGGAAGGAAGAAAAAAACUUGAUCUUAACACUGUUGAAGUGAACUUUGGAGUGAUUGAGAAGAUCCUAUUUGACAUUUAAGCCAAAACAGGGGUCUGAAGAAAGAAUGGUUGGGCUUUUCAGUAUUAUGGGGCAUGAGAAAUGUGAAAGCUACUUAAUUUUCAGUGGAGAGGCUGCUCUUGGUGACAAUUUCAGAACUUUUCUGUAUUUUCUUGGUCUCGCAUAUUGUUUCCUUGGAUUAUCAGCUAUAACAGCUCGUUUCUUCAAGUCCAUGGAAAAUGUGGUGAAGCACACAAGGAAAGUUGUGGAGAUAGAUCCUGUUACUCAGAUUGAAGUAGUUAGACAUGAGAAAGUCUGGAAUUACACCAUUGCGGAUAUUAGCCUAUUAGCCUUCGGAACUAGCUUUCCUCAGAUAUCAUUAGCCACCAUUGAUGCUAUACGGAAUGUCGGGAACUUGUAUGCUGGAGGUUUGGGGCCCGGAACACUUGUUGGUUCUGCAGCUUUUGACCUUUUCCCUAUCCAUGCUGUCUGUGUAGUAGUUCCAAAAGCAGGAGAGCUGAAAAAGAUUGCUGACAUAGGAGUAUGGUUGGUGGAAUUGUUUUGGUCCUUUUGGGCUUAUAUUUGGUUAUACAUUAUUUUGAAGGUGUGGACUCCAGAUGUGGUGACUCUAUGGGAGGCCUUGUUGACAGUACUGCAGUAUGGAUUACUGUUGACCCAUGCUUAUGCUCAAGACAAGCGCUGGCCAUAUAUUUCUCUACCUAUUGAACGAGAUGAGAGGCCUGAGGAAUGGGUGCCCGAAGAAUCUCCUUAUUUUAUACGAGAAAGCCUUGACAAAAUAGACUUUUCUGAGACAAGUCCCAUGAGUGAAGAACAUGGGGAGACUGUUGAUAUUUUCUCCAUUCAUUCAGUAAAUCCCACCGACCAAAAAUAUGAAAGAGUACGUCAAAUAGAUGAUAAUGUUGCUCAAAUUUCUGAUAAAGCUAAGGAAAUGAUGACAGAGGAUGUGCAUUUGCUUAAAAUUUGGAGGCAGCAAUUUGUGGAUGCACUGACGUUGGAGAGCCUGGAGACAAAAAAAUUGAAGAAUUCCUAUCUCCGCAUGGGUAGAAUAUUAUGGCAAUCACUGCUUUUACCAUGGAGGUUUCUAUUUGCUUUUGUUCCUCCAUGCCAUAUAGCUCAUGGAUGGAUCUCCUUCAUUUGCUCUUUGCUUUUCAUCAGUGGAAUAGCUUACAUUGUUACUAGGAUCACAGAUCUUAUAAGUUGUGUCACAGGAAUAAAUGCUUAUGUCAUAGCGUUUACAGCACUGGCCAGCGGAACCUCAUGGCCCGAUUUAGUGGCAAGCAAGAUUGCCGCCGAACGUCAAAUGACUGCAGACUCAGCAAUUGCAAACAUCACUUGCAGUAAUUCGGUGAACAUAUAUGUUGGCAUUGGUGUUCCAUGGCUUAUUGAUACCUUAUACAACUUCAUAGCAUAUAGAGAACCUCUUCGGAUCCAAGAUGCAGGGGGGCUAAGCUUUUCCUUGCUUGUUUUCUUCUCUACUUCUGUUGGGUGUAUAUCAGUUUUGGUUUUACGGCGUUUAAUUUUUGGCGCGGAGCUAGGAGGACCAAGGAUCUGGGCAUGGAUUACUUGUGUGUACUUCAUGCUUCUGUGGAUUAUUUUUGUUGUACUAUCUUCACUCAAAGUUUCUGGGUUCAUUUAGAAUUAUUCUUGUCCACUUUAGCUCAUUGUAUAGGUAAUAGGUUUAUAUUAAUAUAAUUUGGUGCAUUAUAUUUCAUUUGUAUGAUUAUUCACUUCUAUGAUUAUUUCUAAUCUCUCA